AUGCGGUGGUACUGGAACGAGGAGAUUUAUGUCGACCAGCCACCACGUGCUACGUCCUACCAACCAUGUGUCCUGGCAGAGAUGCAGGAGACUGGGGUCUUGGAAGAUGUGAAGGAAAAGUCGACGAUUAACAAUGUCUUAUCCUACUGGAUCGGAAAGGGUCCAGAGAAGAAGCGCGUUGCAUAUGUCGAAAAGCGCGAAGGAGGUGAAAUGUUCCCAUCAGGAAUCAACUGCGGCCAGCCAAUUCUAGCAGCAACUAUCCUCGAGCAUCUGUUGACGCGCUAUCCUGACUAUACCCAAGUCCGAUUCAACCAAAACGUGGAGACGAUCAGCCAGUCUGCCUCAACACUCACCGUCACCUGCCGAAACCCCCAGACCGAAGAGGUAACGACUUAUACCAGCGAAUGGCUGGUCGGUGCAGAAGGUGCAAGUAGUACGGUACGUAAGCUGCUCGGUAUCGAGUUCGAGGGCUUCUCCUGGCCCAAAGAGGACUUUUGCGCUUCCAACCUUUCGAUAUCCUUUCAAGAAGCAGUCGUCACAGGACUUUGGAGGUGCGCGUUUGGCGUUAGGGCUGGCAUGACCAACGAGGAGAUUCGUGCUGAACUGGACGACCACUAUAAACAUAUUUUGCCCGGCUGGGGCGAGGAAGAGUACGAACUGGUUCAACUCAACCGAUACAAGCCUCAUCAAAGAUGUGCGGCUAGUUAUGGAAAGGGUCGCUGCUUUCUUGCUGGGGAUGCUGCUCACAGCAACAAUCCUAUUGGCGGCCUGGGUUUGACGACUGGUCUUUUAGAUGCCGGUCCAUUGGGAAGGGCUCUAGGAGCCGUGGUUAACGGGAGAGCACCAGAAGAGAUCUUGGAUACUUGGGCCGAGUCACGGCGUUCUAAAUGGUUGUCUUACACCAACGAGUUCUCGAUUGAGAACAAAAGAAUGGUGCAGAGAGGUGGCUACAGCGAGGACCCGGCCGGAAUUUAG